UUGGAAACGAUCACAACCAGCCGCGAUGCACUCUGGGAUUGGCUUCCAUGGAUUCCAUGUUGACAACAAACUGACGGUGGAGGAGUGGGGUUUACGGUUAUUUAAUUUACAAUCGCAUCUUUUUGUACUAGAUUUCAUUCAUUACAAGUGUGCUUCAAAAGAUAAAAACGAUGGAGCAUGUACAUUUAGCUGCUGAAGACGAAGAUGAUCUAUAUUCAGGGUACAAUGACUAUAAUCCGACAUUUGAUACUGAAGAUCUGGAAAAUGAUGUUGGUUUCCAACAAGCUGUAAAGACAAGUCAUGGACGGAGACCUCCGAUGACUGCCAAAAUUCCAGGCACUGCCGUUGCAAGGCCCAUGGGCACUGCAUUUGGAGCAAGGAUGGCACUAGUCUCCUCUUUGGGAAGACCCAUGACAGGUGCGGUGCAGGAUGGAGUUGCUCGUCCAAUGACUGCAGUGCUGGCUGCUGGGUAUUCCUCAGCAGUAAUAAGAGGUUCUGCAUUUGAUCCACUGGGUCAGUCAAAAGGUCCUGCACCUCCUUUGGAAGCCAAAAAUGAAGAUACACCUGAAGAAAAAAUUAAGCAGUUGGAGAAGAAAGUCAACCAGUUAAUUGAAGACAGCUGCAUGGCUCACAGCCAUGGAGAUCUUCAACUGUCUUUGGAAAAGGCAAAAGAAGCUGGGAGAAAAGAAAGGUUUUUGGUGCGACAGCGUGAGCAAACUGCAUCUGCAGAUCACAUUAAUUUGGACCUUACAUACUCUGUCUUGUUUAAUUUAGCAAACCAGUAUGCAGACAAUGAAAUGUUUGCUGAAGCACUGAACACAUACCAAGUGAUUGUGAAAAACAAGAUGUUCAGUAAUGCAGGACGAUUAAAAGUAAACAUGGCAAACAUAUACUUCAAACAGAGGAAUUUCCCAAAGGCAAUCAAAUUCUACAGAAUGGCAUUAGACCAAAUUUCAAAUGCCCACAGGGACAUGCGGAUUAAAAUAAUGCAGAACAUUGGAGUUGUUUUUGUAAAGAUGGGCCAGUAUUCUGAUGCGAUUACUUCCUUUGAGCAUAUCAUGAGUGAAAGCCCUAACAUAAAAACAGGCUUCAACCUCAUCCUUUGCUACUUUGCUAUUGGAGAUCGGGACAAGAUGAAGAAAGCUUUCCAGAAACUGAUCUGUGUUCCACUUGGUAUUGAUGAGGAUGACAAAUACAUCCCUCCUAAUGAUGACCCACAAACAAACCUAGUGAUUGAAGCAAUUAAGAAUGACCAACUCCGACAAAUGGAACGAGAGAGAAAGGCUUUGGCUGAGAAAUACAUCAUGACUUCAGCCAAGCUAAUUGCACCAGCAAUUGAAACUUCUUUUGCAGCAGGAUUUGAUUGGUGUGUAGAAAUGGUAAAAACCUCCAUGUAUGUGGAACUGGCUAAUGACCUGGAAAUCAACAAAGCCAUCACCUAUCUGAGGCAAAAAGACUUCAAUCAGGCAGUGGAAACGCUGAAAAUGUUUGAGAAAAAGGACAGUCGUGUGAAAAGUGCAGCUGCUACUAACCUCUCAUUCCUUUAUUUUCUGGAAAAAGAAUAUGGACAAGCAGAUAGAUACGCAGACCUGGCUAUGAAUGCUGAUAGAUAUAACCCUGCUGCACUCAUCAACAAAGGGAACUCUGUAUUUGUAAAUGGUGACUAUGAAAAGGCUGGAGAGUUUUACAAAGAAGCCCUGAGAAAUGACUCUUCCUGCACCGAAGCUCUGUAUAACUUGGGAUUGACCUACAAGAAGCUGAAGAGACUUGAAGAGGCUCUGGACUGCUUCCUAAAGCUCCAUGCCAUCCUGCGAAACAGUGCCCAGGUUAUGUUCCAGCUAACAAGCCUGUAUGAAAGUUUAGAGGAUCCUAACCAGGCUAUUGAGUGGCUGAUGCAGCUCAUCAGUGUAGCUCCAACAGAUCCACAAGCACUGGCUAAACUGGGAGCACUGUAUGACAAUGAAGGAGACAAGUCCCAGGCCUUUCAGUACUAUUAUGAGUCAUUUAGGUAUUUCCCUUCAAACAUUGAAGUUAUUGAGUGGCUUGGGGCCUAUUACAUUGACACACAAUUCUGUGAAAAAGCAAUUCAGUACUUUGAAAGAGCAGCCCUUAUUCAGCCGACCCAAGUAAAAUGGCAACUAAUGGUGGCCAGCUGCUACAGAAGAAGUGGAAACUACCAGAAAGCACUGGAGACCUACAAAGACAUCCACAGGAAAUUUCCCGAAAAUGUUGAAUGUUUGCGGUUCUUGGUUCGCCUGUGCACUGACAUGGGAUUAAAAGAAGUUCAGGAAUAUGCUACUAAACUGAAGAAAGUGGAGAAAAUGAAGGAGAUAAGAGAGCAGCGUGUGAGGUCUGGCAGAGAUGGCAGUGCCCGUGGCCACAGAGAGGGCAGUGCUAGCAGUGUUUUCUCUCCUGAAAGUAUACACAGUCUUUUACUGGAACAGGUGGGAGACAGUGGGCACAGUAGCCGUGGCACCAGUGCCAAGGCGGAGCGGAUGAAUGCCAAACUGCGUUCUUUGCCUGGAGCCAAUGAACCUUAUGAGGCCAGCGGCAACAAAGACAUAGAUGCCUCUUAUGUCGAUCCCCUUGGCCCUCAAAUAGAAAGACCAAAAACAGCCGCCAAGAAACAGACGGAUGAAGAUGACUUUGCUGAUGAAGAGCUGGGAGACGAUCUCCUUCCAGAAUAACAAGGAUGCUUAUUAUGUUAAUGUACAUUCAAGGGUCUUUUUAAGUGAUCUAAACAGAUACUGAUUUAAAUACCUAAUUUAGAUUAUUAAAAUAAACACAGGGAUAUAAUAAAACAACACUGUAAACCGUGCAUGUGAGUCUUUAGCAUAGUUCUGUAUGGAAAACACCAGGAUUAGUGGAUAUAGAUCAUCUGCCAUUUAGAUCAGUUGAAUAGACACCUCAGUCUGAACACUCGUGCUAUUUAUUGCAAACUCAUAAGUAGUCUUUGUUAUACAUAUAAGCCUUGAUUAUAAAGUUACUUUUUUAAAAUUUCUUCACUAUUGGUAAAUAAAUAUUGUUCUAUAGAAUUGUUAAAUUAAAAAAAAAUUAUUGUACAAUCUGAAA